UAAUAUGACGUUAAACUAAUAAUAAUAAGUAAUGAAAUCAAAAGGAUAAUGGAGUUGGUCGAGAAAAGCUCAAACAAAUAAAACACAAGUAACAACAACUCGAGAAAAAAAAAAGUGAAAAAGAUUAAAGAAAAAAGGCAUAAUAAGAGACGGAGAAUAUAAUAAGAGCUUUCCUUCCAUCAAUUCGAGGCAGCCAUCUAAUCCAACCAAGCAAAGGCAAUGGAUGGCGGCGACACAUUAGAGAAAGGAAUGCGAGUUUCUUCUCCUUGGCCUGGGGAGAAGAGAAAAGAAAUUAAAAUAGAACGAAAGGGCAACAAAAGGGGAGGUGGCGUCUGAAUAAGCCACGUGGCAAGGCACCAGUGGUUUGGUAGGAGAGAGACGGAGAGAAAGAGAGAGAGGGGAGCUAACUUUCCCUUUCCCUUUCUCUCUCAUGCGCUGCCAUGUCAGAGUGGUAACCCCGUCCCUAUGACCCCGGCGUAUCCGCAUCGUAUGCUCUCUUUCUUUCUCUAUAAAACCUCAAUCCCUCUCUCUGAAAAAACACUCUAUAUCAAUAAAUCUCUUUCUUUUGGUUUCUUUAUUUCUUUCUUUUUUUAAUUUUAUUUUCAAUUUGCUCUACAUUUAUUCAAUUUUUUUAGUGUCUUCUCUGUUUCUCUCUUCUCUUCCUUUUCUUUGCUUGCUAUAUACCCUAAUACCACCUCUCUCUCCUUCUCUAUCUGUCUAUAUUCACUACAUCUCUUAAUCUGUUAGUCUUGAUGUUAAUUCUUUGAUCCACAAGAAAGAUUGGAAUUCUACCUUGAGUCUUGUAGCAGGUAAGAUUGCGGGUUUGAAGCUUCAUUGCUCUGGCAGUGAUUCAAGACAUGUUUUCUGUUGUUCCCAUCCACAAUGUAAGAACCCAUGAUUAAAAAAAGAUGAAGGAUACCAUUUCAUCAAAUAAUAAAAUGAUUAAUCGAAACUGGGUCUUGAAGCGCAAACGAAGAAAGCUUCCAUGUGGACCAUCCUUAUCUAAUGGUAAAGAAGAGAACUUAGUAGCGUCAGAAUCUCCAAGGAGUACUUCAGCUAAGCGUAGGCUGAAAGGCGAAAUAAGCUCUGAUCAGUUGUCAUCUAAAAAGAAAGGAAAUGAUGGGUAUUACUAUGAAUGUGUGAUUUGUGAUCUUGGUGGCAACUUGUUGUGUUGUGAUAGUUGUCCCAGGACCUAUCAUCUUCAAUGCCUUGAUCCACCUCUUAAGAGCAUUCCAAUGGGAAAGUGGUUAUGCCCAAACUGCUGUAAGAAAACUGAUCCACUCAAGCCCAUUUCAAUUUCAAAAAGAGCAAGAUCAAAAAUUAUCAAGACAAAAGCUCAAACUGGAAUAAAGUCACCUGCUACUGAAAAAGUGUCCCGAAUUUUUGGAACAUCCAUUAUUGCUAGGAAAAGAUCCUCCUCUAGCAAAGGAAAAUCUGGUUUAGCUCAGGGAGUUGAUACUUUGAAAAAGGAACCAAGAACAUUGCAUAUGGAUGUACCUUGUAUCCCCAAGCCAGGUCUUACUUCCCUUGGUGGUGCUGAGGAAGGUGGUUCAUCCCUUGAUGGUGCUCAGGAAGGUGGUUCUUCCCUUGUGAAUGUUGAUGACAAAAAGAAGCCUGAUGCAUCUCCAACAGAUUCAUCUGGAGGAAGGAAGUUAACUCCUCCUGCUAAUGAGGUUUUGUGUCAUUCUAAAAGCACAAAGAAGCCUGAUGCAUCUCCAUCAGAUUUAUCUGCAGAAAGGAAGUUAAUUCCUCCUGCUAAUGAGGUUUUGUGUCAUUCUAAAAGCACAAAGUCUAAACAAAAUGAUGAAGAACCUGAAGGGAAGAAUGAAUUUUCUUGUGAUAAUGAGUCUUCCAGAAACAAAAUUGUUCUUGCAAUUGGUGUAGUCACAAGGAAAGAUAGAAAAAGAAAGCAGAAAGUCAACAAUGAGGCAAGUCAAAAGAAGUGUAAGAGAGAUAAGGGAAAGCAUGCUGUUAGUACUUCCAAGAAAAAAAGGUCUAAAGCAAAUAAUAUUGGUCCUGGAACUAUUAAAACUCCUCAGAAACAGAAACCAGUUAAUCAUGGGGUUUCUGCAUCUUUGUCAAAGGAUGAUGAUGGAAGCAAGAACUUUGAUACUCAUAAAAAAGAUGAGAAGUUUCCUGAGGACACAACACGCCAGUCAGAUGAGUCAGAUAAGGGGACUGUGGAUGCCUCACUGAUACAUGAAGACAGUGUUCCUGCUGAAUUUCAGCAGGUUGAUAGGGUUCUAGGCUGUCGGGUUCAAGGUGAUAAUGCUAGUGUUUUGCACCAUGCAUCUGUAGCACUUUUAGAGGAUGUGUGUUCUGAAGAUUUGCUAGUCGAAGAAAAUCAAAACAGACUUUCAGAGGAGAAUUCUGUUUGUGAUAUUGAUUCAGAUAUAGCAGCUACUGAAAAUCUUGUAGAAGGUUGUCCUAAUACUUUGAAAAGUUCUGUUAAAGAAGAAAGCACUAAGAAUGAUGUCAGAGUGGAUAAAAUACAUGUAUAUAGAAGGUCUGUUACUAAAAAAUGCAAGGGAGGGAAUUCCAUGGACUUAUUGAGCAACAAUGCCAAGGGUUCAGGUUGUGCAAUCCUAAAUGGUAAGGAUCAAGAUGAAUCUGCAGUAACUGAAGAUUCAGGAAACAGAAAUGAAAAAAUGGUAGUAUCUGAGGUGGAUGCUGAUGUUAGUGUGAGAAGUCAUGGUACCAUUGAAGUUCCAAAAGUUUGUGAAAUGCCUGCAACAACAAAAGAGAUGGAUAUAAAAAUGAAAAUAAGUAGCAGUGCUGAAAAUAAAGUUCAGGAGCCAGCAGUGACUGAGUCUGCAUGUUCUAAUGGGGAGACAGUUUCAAAUGAAUUUUUUGUUAAAUGGGUGGGGAAGUCCCAUAUUCAUAAUAGUUGGAUUUCUGAAUCCCAGCUGAGAGUUCUGGCAAAGAGAAAACUGGAAAAUUACAAGGCCAAAUAUGGAACAACUGUGAUAAAUAUCUGUGAGGAAAAGUGGAAGAAGCCUCAGCGAGUUAUUUCUCUCCAUGUUUCAAAUGAUGGUAUGAAGAAAGCUUUUGUGAAGUGGACUGGUCUUCCAUAUGAUGAAUGCACUUGGGAAAGAUUAGAUGAACCUGUUGUUCAACAAUCUUCUCAUCUGAUUGAUCUGUUUGAGCAGUUUGAACGCCAGACAUUGGAAAAAGAUGCUGCUAAGGAUGAAUCUAGGGUAAAGGGGGAUCGGCAGCAUGAUAUUGUUACUUUGGCAGAGCAACCUGAAGAACUGAAGGGAGGCUUACUAUUUCCCCAUCAGCUGGAAGCACUCAAUUGGUUGCGUAAAUGCUGGCAUAAAUCCAAAAAUGUUAUACUUGCUGAUGAGAUGGGGCUUGGCAAAACUGUAUCUGCUGUUGCCUUUAUUUCAUCACUUUAUUCUGAGUUUAAAGCUACUCUGCCUUGUUUAGUGCUGGUUCCUCUUUCUACUAUGCCUAACUGGCUUGCUGAGUUUUCAUUAUGGGCUCCUGAUUUAAAUGUUGUGGAGUAUCAUGGUUGUGCAAAAGCAAGAGACAUCAUUCGCCAGUAUGAAUGGCAUGCUACUUAUCCAAGUGAGUUGAAUAAGCGAACAGCUUCUUACAAAUUUAAUGUUCUUUUAACUACUUACGAAAUGAUUCUUGCGGACUCCUCUCAUUUGCGUGGUGUUCCCUGGGAAGUUCUUGUGGUUGAUGAGGGUCAUCGUUUGAAAAAUUCGGGAAGUAAGCUGUUUAGCUUGCUCAACUCAUUCUCUUUCCAACAUCGUGUUCUGUUGACUGGAACCCCACUCCAGAAUAACAUUGGUGAGAUGUAUAACUUGCUUAAUUUCUUGCAGCCAGCUUCCUUCCCUUCUUUGUCUUCAUUUGAAGAGAAGUUUAAUGACCUUACAACUGCGGAAAAGGUGGAGGAACUGAAGAAACUUGUUGCUCCCCAUAUGCUUCGGAGGCUUAAAAGGGAUGCCAUGCAAAAUAUUCCGCCAAAAACUGAACGAAUGGUGCCUGUUGAGCUGUCAUCCAUUCAAGCUGAAUACUACCGUGCAAUGCUAACUAAGAACUACCAGAUAUUACGGAAUAUUGGGAAAGGGGUUGCACAGCAAUCGAUGUUAAACAUUGUGAUGCAGCUGAGAAAGGUUUGUAAUCAUCCAUAUCUCAUACCAGGUACGGAGCCUGAGUCUGGAUCAGUGGAGUUUCUUCAUGAAAUGCGUAUAAAAGCUUCAGCCAAGUUGACUCUUUUGCAUUCCAUGCUUCAAGCCUUAUAUAGAGAAGGCCAUAGAGUUCUUAUUUUUUCACAAAUGACUAAGCUUCUUGAUAUCCUUGAGGAUUAUUUGACCAUAGAAUUUGGCCCUAAAACAUAUGAGAGAGUUGAUGGCUCUGUUUCAGUUGCUGAUCGUCAAACAGCUAUAACAAGGUUCAACCAAGAUAAAAGUCGAUUUGUCUUCUUGUUAUCAACACGUUCUUGUGGCCUUGGUAUCAAUUUGGCAACAGCUGACACUGUUAUAAUUUAUGAUUCUGAUUUCAACCCACAUGCUGACAUCCAAGCUAUGAAUCGGGCACAUCGAAUUGGACAAUCAAACAGACUUUUAGUAUACAGGCUUGUAGUUCGUGCCAGUGUAGAAGAACGCAUCUUGCAGCUUGCUAAAAAGAAACUAAUGCUUGAUCAGCUGUUUGUCAACAAGUCUGGAUCUCAAAAGGAAGUGGAAGACAUACUGCGAUGGGGAACAGAAGAACUAUUCAAUGAUUCUUCUAGUGGAAAAGAUUCAGGUGAAGGCAAUUGCAACAAAGAUGUGUUAACGGAUGUAGAACAUAAGCACCGGAAGAGGGGUGGUGGUUUGGGAGAUGUGUACCAGGACAAAUGUACGGAUGGCAGCAACAAGAUUGUGUGGGAUGAAAAUGCAAUUUUAAAAUUGCUUGAUCGGUCAAACCUUCAGUCUGGAUCAACUGAUGUUGAGGGGGAUUUGGAGAAUGAUAUGCUUGGCUCAGUAAAGUCCAUGGAAUGGAAUGAUGAAGCAACAGAUGAACCAGGGGGAGGUGAAUCACCUUCAGCUGUUGCUGAUGAUAUUUCUGUGCAGAAUUCUGAGAGGAAAGAAGAUAAUGUGUUAAAUGGUACUGAAGAAAAUGAAUGGGACAAACUUUUGCGUGUGAGGUGGGAGAAAUAUCAAAUUGAGGAGGAAGCGGCCCUUGGUAGAGGGAAGCGACAGAGGAAAGCCGUCUCUUAUAGAGAAGCAUAUGCUCCGCAUCCCAAUGAAACAAUGAGUGAGAGCGGUGGUGAAGAAGAAAGGGAACCACAAGCAGAGCCAGAGCGGGAAUAUACACCGGGGGGACGAGCUCUUAAAGCAAAGUAUACCAAACUUCGAGCACGACAAAAAGAACGGCUUGCUAGUAGGAAUGCAAUUGAAGAAUUGCGUACUAGAGAGGGAUUUUCUGAACUUUCAGUAGCUCAUUGUCCUUCCAUGAAUGACAGAGAUGGGGAUCAUGUUAAUCAAUCAGUUCAACAGCCAGAUAAAGAAAAGUGUUCCAUAAUUGACUUGGAGGGUAACAAACUUACUCAAUCAUCAGAUGAAUUAAGGCUUGGGAAGCUGUCAAAACAUAAAAUAAGCAGUCAACUGGAUCUUUCUGUUAAUCCUCUUCAUCAGUCUUCUCCUGACAUAAUCCUUCCGAGUAACAAUCAUCAGGGCACAAGUUAUACCAACUCACUUCCAACCGACAACUUGUUACCAGUUCUUGGGCUUUAUGCCCCUAAUGCUAAACAGUUAGACUUGUAUCAUAGAAACUUCUCAAGAUCAAAUGGCAGGCAGAGCAGGGCAGGAACUGGUCCCUUCAGUUUAGCUACGGCUACUGGAACUUCAACUGAGAAAGAAGCAAAAGGCCAAGAUACUACCCUGGACAAAUUUAGAUUGCAAGAUACAUCACCAGAAGUUUUGCAACGUCUUAAAAAUGGAAACCAAGAAAAUUGGCUCCCAUUUAGCCUGUAUCCUCCUGCUGUUCCACAAGGAAAAGUUUCUGACCAAUUAGAAAGUUCUGGUGCUAGUUUUUCUGAUUUUCAGGAAAAGAUGUCACUGCCUAAUUUACCUUUUGAUGAGAAAUUACUGCCCCGAUUCCCCUUUCCUACCAAAAGCACGACCAUGUCACAUCAUAAUCUAUUGCCUAGCUUAUCCUUAGGGAGUAGGCUGGAUGCUGUAAAUGAGUCCAUGCAAGACCUUCCAACAAUGGCAUUGCCUACCAAUUUGAAGUUCACUCCACAGGAUGUGCCUAGGUAUAAUCAACAAGAGAGGGACAUGCCUCCAACAUUGGGUUUGGGUCAUCUGCCAUCCAUUUCUUCUUUUCCUGAAAACCAUAGGAGGGUGCUUGAAAAUAUUAUGAUGAGAACUGGAUCUGGAUCUGGAUCUGGGAACUGGUAUAAAAGGAAAUCAAAGGUAGAGGGCUGGUCAGAUGAUGAACUUGAUUUUCUCUGGAUUGGUGUUCGUAGACAUGGACGAGGGAAUUGGGAUACCAUGCUUAGAGACCCCAGGCUAAAAUUUUCAAAGUAUAAAACUUCAGAAGAUUUGGCAGCUAGGUGGGAGGAGGAACUACUCAAAAUUUUGGAUGGCUUAGCUUUUCCAGUUCAAAAAUUCACCAAGCCAACAAAAACUACCAAAACUUCUUCCUUGUUUCCGAGCAUUCCUGAUGGAAUGAUGACACGGGCAUUGCAGGGUAGUAGAUUUGUUGCACCAUCAAAAUUUCAAACUCACCUGACGGAUAUGAAAUUGGGUUUCAGUGAUCUAGCUUCCAGCCUGCCUCACUUUGGGCCAUCAGAUCAACUUGGUUUGCAAAAUGAUCAUUUUCCUUCUAUUCCAACAUGGAAUCCUGAGAAAUUUCGGGCAAACUUUCCUGGAGACUCAAUUGCUGGACCCUCUGAUAGGCCAGGCCCAUCUUUGAAUGUACCUAGUGAGAGACCUUUUCUUCUCAAUUCUUUUGGAGCCAGCAACUUCGGCUCUAGUCUGAAUUGCUCCAGUAGCUUUGAUUUACACAGGAAGGAGGACGAUUAUGGUUCAAUGAAGUAUGGGAAGUUGCCUAGUCUUCUCGAUAGAUCACUACAUAUUUUACGUGAUUCCUACAAUAAUGGGGGAAGUGUUGAAUCUCUCAGCUCUGGAUUUCUGACUGAUCCAAACGAAGGACUGAACCUUUCCCAUUCAAAGGGAAAAGAGGCAGUUGGAAAUAGUUCUUCUUCCAAGAACAAGUUACCUCACUGGCUUCGGGAAGCUGUUAGUGCUCCUGCCAAACCACCAGAUCCUGAUCUACCACCCACUGUGUCAGCAAUUGCUCAGUCAGUUCGUGUACUGUAUGGAGAAGAUAAGCCAACCAUUCCCCCAUUUGUGGUACCGGGCCCCCCUCCUUCUCUGCCAAUGGAUCCAAGACAUGGUCUAAAGAAGAAAAAGAAGCGGAGGUCACAUAUAUUCAGGCAGGUCCUACCAGAUGCCGUUGGAAGUAGUAGUCUCCCUCCGGCAUGCUCAAUUCCAUUAACCCCACCAUUUCAACUGCUUCCACAACCAAUAACUGGAAGUGUGGGGCUUCCUUGGAUUGAAUCUGAUCUCAAUCUGCCUCCCCUUAACUUAAGUACGAUGAAUCCCUCGUCUUCAUCAGCAUAUCUAAUUCCACCAAAGAAAUCAAGCAUGGGAUUAUCCCCCUCCCCUGAAGUGCUUCAACUGGUAGCAUCUUGUGUUGCUCCUGGCCCGCACUUGUCAUCAACUUCCAGCAUGACAAAUUCUAGCUUACUUGAUAGCAAGCUUUCAUUGCCAAAAUCUGUUAAUGAAGUUGGGUACCCAGAUUCACAAGGUUUGUCUUACAAAGGGAAGGGUAAACAGAGUCCUCCUAUUGAUGUACAGGAUCAUACUUUGGAGGAGAGACAAGCUGAGCCUGAUGGUGGGGAUUCUAGCAAGAUUCAGUCUGAUCCUUGUCGGCCCAAACGGGCUGAUGUAGAGGAAAUAUCAUCAGAAGGCACUGUUUCAGAUCAUCCUGUGAGUGACCAUGAACCGUAGGUGUUAUACAGGAGUAGACAGUGAAAAAUAAUUAUUCUUUGAUGUGCUUGAAUUUUUGUAGGCGUGAUGCAGAGUGAUUAACUAGCGUAUAUAGGAUCAUCUCUAGUGUAUAGUUUAUGUAAAAGGAAAUGAAAUGUCUACCGUUAUCUGCAUGCAAUCGUUUCUUUUGUCGUCUUGCCUUCAGUUGGAGAGCUCGCUAUUAUUUGCUGAGCGAACAAUGAAAUUUUCAUGUGCAUAAUGAGGUUCAUUCAGCGGAUCUGACCAGGUGAAUAGAAUUUAGACGAAAGUUUCUUUCAUGUUGCAGUAAGCUUCUGUCACCUAUAUCUUUUCAAACUAUAUGAGCUGUGCUAAUUUUUGUUUGGUAAUUGUAAAGUAUAUCCUUCUGAAUGUGAAAAUCAUUGGAGUUUAUAUUGGGGCACUAAAGUAAUAAUAAUGAUUGGUGUAGGCAUGGAUCAUGGGUAUAUAACACAUGAUUUAGUUAAUAUUUGCUGCAGCUAAAGAAUGAAAACUUAUGCGAUAAUGUUCCAUGUAUUACUCUAAUUUUCUCUGAGGUAAAGAUAGUUUCUCCUUGUAGGUGCUGGUAUAGCUUGAUUAGAAAAUGCAAGAUCUUCCCUUUUAGACAAACCAAUUUUCCUAGUUUUGGUUACAAAUUGUUUUUCUUUUUUUGUUGUGAAUUAGGUUGGAUUGAUCCUAUAUUUGUGUAAUAUUUCGAUAUUAUAAUGUGGAUUGAAUUCUUUCUUGAGUUAGCCCCGGGAAGCAGUCUGUUUUGGUUUUAUAUCCGUAUAAUGGUGCUUGAUUUGAAAUUCGAAUGGUGCUUAUGACUGAUGACAUAUCUUUGCUUUCACUGUGACAGUAUGACAUUACAGCAAAGCCACGAUGUCAUAGCGCGAGUUGAAAGUACUGUAAACAUUCUAGUACAUAAUCAAUGUCAGAUUGGUGGCUUCACUCUAAACCAUGAUAUGUGAACUAAAAAAAAGUGAAGUGAGUAGAGCGCUGGUAGGGUAAAGCAUAGAAAAACACUGUGAUGGAAUCGCUAAUUAAUUUGUGGGUUUACAUUUAUCAAAAUCAAAUUCUCGAUUAUUUCUUUUUCAUUGUUAAAUGCAUUGGUAAAUAAAGAAUAAGCUGACCCUCCGUCAAUAGUGGAAUUUUGUCUCCCAUAAGAAAU